UUGUGGUGAUGUGAUAUAUAAUCUUACAGAUUCACUCUAUACAUCAGACAUUUUAACAUGUAAAAGCGAUUGCCAUGGUUAUAUUGAUGAUACUCCAAAAAUGAGCUAUAAAAAAAGGAGAAAUCCUUUAGAAAGAGGUAAUCCCGAACCCAAAGACACCUGUAAAUCAGUAGGUUUUGGUGGAGAAUGUGGAACUAAACCCACAAUUUUCAAAUGUAAUGGUUUAUCUUGGGAUUGUGGCAAAGAAGGGUUCAAAUAUCAGACAUGUAGUGAAAUCAAAAUCAAAACCGAAUACCUUCCUUAUGGACCAAGGACCAGAAACGGGCAUAUAUAUGAUAAUCAAUUCUUGCUGCCUGUCCAAGAAGCGUCAACAAGGCGUGAUGAUUAUGAUCUGGAUAUUUAA